AGUUUACUUUUAUGUAUCUUUGGAGCAUUUUCUUUCCUUCACACUCUAGCACUGUAAAUAAACAUUGCUUUACAACCCACCAUCUCACAGCAAAGUAACACCAACUUUUGUGUGUGAACCUAGAACUUGCCUUAUAGUCAGCCAGGGAGACACACUAUAUCACAUUUGGUGUCAUAAGUGCAAUGGCUAAUCGCAAGUCUGUGACAAGAAGCAGUGUACCCACCAAGAUAAUGUCCUUGCCCCGGACCAAAGUGGUCAUCAAGGAUAAUGUUGCUCACGACUCUAUGGAGGAGAAGAGAGAGGAGGAUCUGACAUUGACUCGACCUAAGUCUCCAUCAUCUCAUGCUAGACCUGUCUCUUUUGCUACAGCCUCUGGAGAGGAGAUUGUUGCUAUGUUGCAUGAGUUCCUGGACACACAAAAGCAGCAAGAAGAACGUUAUCUGUUAGCACUAGAGGGUCUGCGAGAUGCUAUGCUGGAAGCUGUCCGCCCAGCUAAGGCAGUAACGGACAUUGACAGUCCAGCAAUGGCGCUUCAAACGCCAACUAAGCACAGAAGAAAGGCUUACCACCCAAACCAAGAGGCUUCCACCUCCAUUGGGUCCAAGAGUCAGCCAAUGCCACAAAUGAAGCCAAAGUUGCCAAUUUUUCAGCAGGGGGAAGACAUUCAGAAAUUCCUGCAUCGAUUUGAGCAUUUUGCCAGAACCUGGAAGUGGCCAGAGAAUGAGUGGAGCUGUAGACUUGUACCUCUGUUAACAGGGCAAGCACUGGAUGCCUACCUGGCCAUGGAGGAGGACAGGGCAGAGGUAUACGAUGACCUCAAGGAGGCUCUGUUGGAAAAGUUAAAUAUUACCACAGAGAACUACCGCCAGCAGUUCCGUGCAACCACUACCCCAAUUGGAGAGUCCCCAACAGAAACAUAUAACCGGCUGAGGGAUUUAUACCAGUGUUGGGUGAGACCUGAGCUGCACACCAAGAAGGAAAUCGGUGAGACUCUAGUCCUGGAGCAGUUACUAUGUGUGCUUCCUCACAAGAUCCAGGUAUGGGUGAAGGAACUGGAGCCGAAAACUGGACUAGCUGCUGCCAAACUUGCCCAGCAGUACAUGGAACUCCAUGGAAGUCAGUUCUCUCAACCAGUUUCCGAGAUUACAGAAGAAGAGCUGCUUUGUGUCAGUAUGAAUGACUUGGCUGUUCCUCAGAAGAGAGAUGAAGGCUGGUAUCUGUCCUUAAUGGCACCUAACACAAAGGGCCCAGAGUAUGCAUGGCUUGAUCCUUCUAGACUUUACUGCAACUCCCAGGCCUUAUCAGACUGUGUGAAAGAUCUUCUCAAACCAUUCCAAAAUGACAUAAUUGACCUGGUGGUUGGAAUAGACGCAAUGGGCUUUAUCCUCGGUUCAGCAGUGGCCAUCGUUCUAGGAAAAGGCUUUCUGGCCUUCCGAAAAGCAGGACAUCUGUGUGUAGAAACUCAAACACAGGAUUAUUGUGACUACACUGGCAAAGAAAAGCUAAUGGAAGUUCGAGUUGAUGUGUUAAAACCAGGCCUACGUGUUCUUAUAGUGGACCAAUGGAUUGAGACUGGAGGCACAAUGAAAGCUGCCAUCAAGCUGGUAGAAAGACAGGGAGCAUCUGUUGUAGGUGUUGCUGCCGUGGCCAUUGAGAACAGCAAGGGUGGAAAGUGGAUAAAGGAAAACUACAAGUACUCGCAUUGCAUCCCUAAAAAACUUCAGCCUCAAAUAGAUAACCAUUAUCUGGAAUCUUUCAAGAACUUCAACAGUUAAACACUUCACAGGGUCACUAUAAGGAUAUUAAUAAUAGAAGAAAACAGAUCUGUGCAUUGAUCUGACAUAUCACAUGUAUGCUCUGUUUUGGGGUUUUCUAGUAUACCUUAACAUGAGUGCACCCUUAAUAGACUGAAAGAGAAAAUAAUGUCAAAUAAAAUGAAUUUAAAAUAAUUCUUCUUACUCAAAAGUUUACUUGCAACAAAGUUUUUUCUUCAACUAAGAACAUGGAAAAUUUUAUAUUAUAGGAAUAUUAAAAUAGUAUAAUGUAGUAGUGUAAUAGUAAUAGUAGUGCUCUAUAGCUUAAAAAAAUCUUCAACAGUCCAGAGAAAAAGUUACAGGACAUUUUAAUUGAACUGAUUUAAGAACAUUGUACACUAAAUUGUAAUCUAAAUUUCCCCUUUGGGAUUAAUGAAGUAUAUUAAAUAUACAAUAUUUAAACACAAACCUGUAAAAUAUAAUGUUGCACAAAAAAGCAAACUAUAGAUUGUUUGCACAUUACUGUGUAAAACACUUAUAAAACUCCUGUUUAAAUGUGUAGAAAUGUGUAUUAAUUUUCUUAGUGUAAUUACUUUUUUUUUUAUUCCAAAUGCUUUCAUUUUAAAAUACGACUAUUACUUUAUUGUACAAUUCAGUAUGAUGUUAAUACACUGUUUAAUGUAAACUUAAUAAAUAAAUUGACACUGUUUUAUUUUCGUCCUUGUACCAAGAUUAUGCAUAAACAUCUCACACAGAAAGGAAGGCAGAACAAUUUUUGUGCAUAGAUUUGUAAAAUGUCUAAAAAGAGGAAAAAAUACUUACAAGGAAUGUAUAAUUCACUGUCUGUUAAUUUGUUAAAUAAAAGUUCAUUCUGAGUACACAUUAAA